UCAGCGGUCAGCAGUGAGAGUCAGAUCCCUGACAGAAGAACUGGAGGAGACCCGCCGGGCCUUUAAAGAGGCCCAGGAGAGAGCCGCUCGCUCCCAGACCAGCUGCACCAAACUGAGCAAUGAGGUCGAAUGCCUGAAGGUUCACAUCAGGAGGCUUGAAGAUAAGAAUGAAAAACUCGCCUUUGAAAGGACGUGUUCUGAAGAGAGCAUCAACAAACUGAGGAAGGUCAACGCUGAGCUGAGGGCCGAACUCGAGGAAACCCUGGUCAUGCUGACGCUGAGAGACAGAGAAAUCUCAAAGAAAGACAUUCUCAUGGACAAGCUGAAGAACUCUCACGUGGAGAAUCACAACAUGAUUGAGGGUCUUCAGUUAGAGCUGACGAGGUUACAGGAACAUUCACACCAAGUUCUUCUGAGGUACGACCGACACUGCCUCAGCCCGCAGAGCCUCUACAGUCGAGAUCCUCCAAACCACCGCUCUCUGCAGAGCGAGAUGCAGGACAUGCAGCAGGUAGGAAGUGCUCGUCGCUCACAGGUUCUCUCCGAUGAUCUGUUUUUAAUGUUAUCUCUCCUUCUUCGUCUGCAGCAGCAUCACAGAGCUCUGGACGACAUCAGCCUCCCGUCCCUCAACAAGCACGGCGACGACAUUCACAGCAUCAUCCACAGGAUCAAGAGUGCAGAGAUAGCUCAUCUCCUGCACAAUAAGUAUCCUGAGAGGGUGAGGAGAGAGCAGACACUCACCAGAGGACGAUCAUUUCUACACGCAGCAACAUGUACGCGUGUAAUUCUGUCUUAUCUCUGUCGUGUCUGUCGCACUCAGGACUCUGCUCCUGUAGAAACACAGGAGAGGCCUUUUCCUCACCGCCAGCAGCAACAGGCAAGCAUCAAGCAGCAGCUUGUCAAUGUGCUGCAGGAGCUGGAGCUGCACAAGUGUGUGUGGGAGGAGAAAGGGGAGAAGGUGGAGGAGCGGUGGAGAACCAGGGACAAGGAGCAAAAGCAAAGCCAGACCGGCAGCCAGACUCAGAUCCAGGAGGGCAAGAAGGUGGCCGUGGUGAACUUGUGGAAAGCCCUCAGCGUAGAGGGGGUUAAGGCCCGGACGAAGGAAACCCAGUCGACUCAGGAGCUCUCUGAGACGCAGACGAAGCUCCAGCGAGCAGAGCAGACCAUCACUGAUAUGAGGGAGCAGGUCUGCCACCUGCAAGCCUCUCUGAGAUCUGCACAGGAGCAAAAAACCAGCUGCAGCAGAGUUCCUCUGAUUGACAAGGGGACCAGCACUGAGGGAGAGGAGGCAGGUGGAGCUGUGAAGGAUCAGAGGGAUGCAGCGGUGGCCACGGAGAUCACAGGUGCAGCAGCCUCAGAGCAAACCCAGCUUCAGGUGACCGCAGACGGACUUCUGGCAACUCUCAGGAGGAUGGAGGCGAUGGUCAACAACGCCCUGGAGACCGCCGAGCUGGUGAGAGAGAGCGAGCAGAGGGUGAGCCAGGUGAGAGUGAAGAUGGAGAGCAUCACUCAGAGGGUGGAGGAGGCUCUGGGCCGAGCGGCCGACACUGACGAGCAGCUGGACGCCCUGGAGGCCAGGAUCACACAACAAACUCCAGAUCAGUCUCCAGGUCCCGGUCUGCCAGCUGAUCCUGAACCAGACGCUGAAUCCUUUCAGACCGAGUCCGACGUGGAGCCUGAAUACAGAGACAGAGCGGAGAGUCGUCCUCCGUCUCCUGUACUCCCAGAGGACAGCGAGCCUCCACAGCUACCCAUGAAUGGUGGUUCAGGACGAGGCAGCUGCAGCAAGCUCCAGGAAGAGGAGGAACUCUCACCGCAGGGAUCUCCUCUUGAGCAAAGUGUCCAUAACUCCGAGGACUCCUGUGACGGCCCCCGUGCUGCUGAGACACCUUUUAUUUUCCCCCACACCCGCUCUCGCCCCUCGCUGCUCCCCACCAUGCCCACGCUGCCCGAGGAAGAGGAGGACUCCCCCGAGGAGCUGGACAGCUCCUCCAGCUCCCCCAGUACAUCGACACCAGGUGAAGCCAGAGCCGUCGUCAUGACCGCCCCCACCAUCGUCUACCCACAGCAGGCCACUCUAGUCCAACAAGAUGGACGUCCUCUGGAGCAGGCCAGGCCUCACAGUCCCAGAGCUCGCUCGGCCAGGAACUCCCCUGGAGGACCCAUCACCACAGUCGACAGCACAGGUAACGUGAUCGACCUAGUGAAGGAUCAGCUGCCCGAGCUGCAGCUGUCUGAGGAGGAUCGACAGAAGAACCUGGAGCUGCUCGAACAGGCCAAGAAGGUCAGCGACCGCUUCCUGACGCGCCGCGGUCGCCGCUCCACCAGCAGCCUCAACGACUCCCCCACAGGCCUUUCUCCAACUCCAACUCCAUCAACCUCACCGUGUUCGUCUAGAAGCAGCUCACUGACUGUGGCGCCGCAGACUGGACCCUCAGAGUCGACCUAUGUCAGCUCACAGUCCGUCAGCCAGCAUCUGGAGGUUCCUUCAGGGCGGGAACAGCCUGACGUAAACACCCAGGAUCAUGAGGGCCGGCUGCUGGUGGACUGGAAGCCCAUCGAGAAGAGGAAAGUUUCCUCUGGGACUCUAACGCCUCGUUUUGCUGUCCAGAAGGAGAACUGUGAUCCUGCUCGACCCAAGAGUCCUGAUGAGGGAGCUGGUUCAGGCCAAAACUCCAACCAGGCCCCGGCCACAGGAGUGGCCAAGCCCGUCCCCCGCCCCCCGACUCAGCAGGCCCCCUGCACCGCAGAGAUCAAGACGAUCGGGGCCUUCCCUCCGCUGAUGAGGGCUGUUUCCUGGGACGCUGUAGGCAGCCUUAAUUCUAGAAACGGAGCCCCGAGUUUCCCUCCUACAGCGGAGGACACGUUCUCAGACAAGCCCAGAGAUGGUGCGUUCAAGUCCUCAGGGUACAAAGACCUCCCUGCCCCGCCGGGGAGUACACAGAAACUGUCUAAACUCAGAGAGGAGCACAAGCUGAUGCGUAAUCAAAGCAUCGUGGGAUCAAAGUUACCAGACCUGAGUGAAGCUGCUGAGCAGGAAAAAGGUCUUCAGCCUUCUCCAAACUCAGCCAGCAGCGUGGAGGCGAAGGAGAAGUCCGACGCGAUGCCGAACAUUUCAGACGUGAUGCUGAGAAAACUGAAACUUCAUCGGGGUCUGCCGGGCUGUGCACCCCCACUGACUGAAAAAGAGGUCGAGAACGCAUUUGUCCAGCUGUCACUGGCGUUUCGUAAUGACAACUACACCCUGGAGACUCGGCUCAAACAGGCAGAGAGGGAGAGGAACCUGACUGAGGAAGAUACAGAGAAAGAGCUGGAAGAGUUCAAAGGAGCUCUGAAGAUGACGGCACCUCAGUGGCAGAACCUGGAGCAGCGUGAAGCCUACCAGCGCCUCAUAGAGACGGUGGCGGUGCUGCACCGGCUGGCCACACGGCUCUCCAGCCGAGCGGAGAUAGUCGGAGCGGUUCGACAGGAGAAACGUAUGAACAAGGCCACUGAGGUCAUGAUGCAAUAUGUGGAAAACCUGAAGCGAACGUACGAGAAGGACCACGCUGAGCUGAUGGAGUUUAAGAAGCUGGCCAACCAGAACUCAAAUCGCUGUUAUGGAGGCUCUGUAGACACUGGAGAUGAUGGAGUUCCACGACCGUCAAGAUCAAUGUCCCUCACCCUUGGAAAGGCUCUGCCCAGACGCAGGGUGAGCGUAGCGGUGGUGCCUAAGUUUAACCUCCUGAACAUCCCAGGUCAGACCCCAGCCACGGCCAGCCCGGGCCCCAACCAGGCCUCAAGCCCCAGCGCGGGACCCACCACCGGGACUGCUCUUCCUGUCCUGUGUGAAGCGAAUGAUGUGAAAGGCGGAGCUUCCUCUGAGGCGACACAGCCGGCAGCAGAAUGUGGAAAGAGUGCGUCGGAGCAGGAAAGCGAGCCGGCCAAGCCUGCGGUCAACUUGGAGGAGAUCAGAGCCGAGAUCAGAGCCGAGCUCAAGGCAAAGAUCGAGGAGGAGGCGUACAAUAAAGGGUACCAGGAGGGACUGAAGCAGAGCAAAGCACUCCAGGAAGAGAAACAAGAAGAGGAAAACGCUGCUGAGAAACUGCUGGAAUCAAAAAACAAAGAUGAGGAGAGUGGAAGGAAGAUGAAGACGAGCAGGAGGAUGGAGGAGGUCCUGGCUCUUCUCGGUCGGGUUUGUCCAAAGAUUUCCCUGAGCAGGCGUCUCCUCUGGAUCGCCCUGACGCUGUUUGUGCUGAUGUGUGUGGUUAUCAGUAUUUUUACAUUCUUCAGCGACCACUACAACAGACGUGAGGACACGUAAAGACAGAGGGACUCUGUGUCAGACGAGAUGGAAGAUCUUUGGACUGACCGUAGCAGCACAACCAAAGAAGCCCACUACAGAAUAACAGAGACCAUAUCGUCACACUCGGACUCACUUGAAUCCAUGACCCUGACUCUGGAGGGUCACAGACGCUCUGGGAGGCUUUAUGGAGAACGUCAUGUUUAAACAGCGUUAACUUAUGAUUUUAUUUGGAUUGAAAAGUCGACAUGUUGUUUGCUGCAGCGAGAAAAAAAAAUCUGUUUAGGGACCAAUUAUAUAGUGUGAUGAAAUAUAUAUGUAUUUAAAUUAGAUGCAUACAUUCUGGAUCUGGUACUUUGGAUGAUGAAUGUGGCACUUUCCAUUAAAUGCCACUGUAGAAACAGUGUAUAUUUACCUAAACUCUAAUGUUAAAGUAUAAUCUCUCAGGUCCAAUAGAUAAAAAAAAAGACCCAGAGAAAUUCUGACUCCAUAUUUAAAGAUAUAGAAAUCAAAAGAUUGUUUUUAUUUGUUGUUUAAGUUCUAUAAUGUGUAUUUAAAGACUUUAAAAUAGAAGCACAUUCCAAAGUAGUUCCUUAAGUGCAAUACUUUGCAGUUUCUCGUUUGUGCCAUUUUGGAUUGUGUCUUCAGAGCACUGAGAGAUUUUCUUCUUGGAUGAGAGCACUGUAUAGAUGGCAUGAGACUUAUUUUUAUCUUUGCACAUGUGUGCCUGCCUGUGUUUGUUUGUCCUUUGUGGAUUUUAUGCUCUGCCACUUCACCUUUAAAUAAAGGUGCCUGAAAGUA